UUUUUUUUUUUUUUUUUUUUUUUGUAUAAAACGUGUCAAUUUGUUAAACUCGAUAUGUACCACAUAUAUAAGAGAAUCUUCUACUCUGCAAUAAUCAAAUUUAUUAUCAAUUGAAGUCAUCCACAUAUUUUCUAACUAUAUAAACCAAUCAUGUAUCAAUUCCUUUUAUGAAUGUUAAUAAUAAUAAUUUUUAAAUAAAAUGAUAUAAUCACCGAUUCAAAUAAAAAGUCUUAACAAUUCAGAUCCGAUAUAAUGUUUAAUCAUUCAGAGAUAAAUUUCUAAAACAUUUAAACAUUUGCUCACGAAACAAUCUAAACCAUUAAGAGCCUAGUAUCAGCUAAAACAAACACCCCCUUAAAUAGUUCCAAAAACAUGGUAGGUUAGUAAGGCAAAAGACAUGAAAGAUUUUGUUGUUACAUUUGGGCUAUCUAUAAGGCCCAAUCCAGCCCAAGAAGUAGGGUUCUUCUUCUCAAGCCACUUAUAUACCAAUCGAUGCCCUAAUUUCCAUCGUUACCGCCCCAACCACACCGCACGCAGCACUCACCGUCGAAGACCUCAACAAUGAGCUACAAGUUUCAUCAGUUUCAGGUCGUCGGCAGAGGUUUACCGACGGAGUCUGAUGAGAAUCCGAAGAUCUACCGGAUGAAGCUUUGGGCUACCAAUGAAGUUCGUGCUAAGAGCAAGUUCUGGUAUUAUUUGAGAAAGUUGAAGAAGGUGAAGAAGAGUAAUGGUCAGAUGCUUGCUAUUAAUGAGAUUUUUGAGAAGAACCCAACAACCAUCAAGAACUACGGCAUUUGGUUGAGGUACCAGUCGAGGACCGGGUACCACAACAUGUACAAGGAGUACAGAGACACCACCUUAAACGGUGCUGUUGAGCAAAUGUACACCGAGAUGGCUUCUCGUCACAGAGUCCGCCACCACUGCAUCCAGGUCAUCAAGACUGCCACCAUCCCCGCCAAGCUCUGCAAGAGGGAGUCCACCAAGCAGUUCCAUAAUUCGAAGAUCAAGUUCCCGUUGGUCUUCAAGAAGGUUAGACCACCAACCAGAAAGCUCAAGACCACCUACAAGGCUUCAAGGCCCAACUUGUUUGUUUAAGUGGGUCUGUUUUGGUGUUUGUUGCUGUCUGUUACAAUGUUUGGAAUUACUGGAAAUUUUGUUUUUUGUUUUCAAACUUCUUUGUUCUUCGUUAAUCAUUUUGCUGGUUUUAGAAGUCUUGGAUAUUUGAGAUUUUGAUGUUGCGUUGAUGAUUAGAGAAUGCUAUUAUUAUUCAGGGAUACCAUUGUUGUUGCU